UGUUAAAGUCUGCUUAUAAGGAAAUGGUCUCAUAAGGUAUGGUUUUAAAGCAAAUGCUUCAUCACCAAUUAAGACGUACGAGCAGAUUUAAUUUUGCCCAGGGAGAAAUAUAAAUGUAUAGUCCGGACCAACAAUGGCCAUAAGUACUAUUGAAUAUUUAUGUAAAUAGCACCAGUAAUUGGAGCCACUGUUGUUAGGUCUCUUGAUGGUUACAUGUUUACCGUCCAUGCUGCCAAUGCAACUGGGAAAUCCCCAUCUAUUUUCAAAUUCUUCAGCACAUUUUUUCCAUAUAUUCUCUGUUGGUUCUGGUAAAUAUAUAUGCUCCGUAUGUCUGCAUAUCGCUUCACAGACUUCGGUUACGAUUGCACUCACUGUUGUAAAGCCAACUCGAAAGCUAUGCCCAAUGGUAUAGAAGGUGUCACCAGUGGCAAGGAAUCU